UCAAAUUAUAAUUGAUUACUACAAUGAAAUUUAGGAAUUUCAUUCUUUCAUCAAUAGAUAUACGUUGUACAGGUGCAAGUAAAUCAAAUAAACCAUCAUCCCCAGUACUAAUUCGCCGCCAACGAAGGGUCUCCUUUGACAUAGGUGGGUUUGAUAAUCCAGGACUUAGUAUCAUGACAGAAGAUAUAGACAGUGAAGGAGACAGUGGGUACGGAGAAUUGUUCCCUAAUUUGGGACAUAUGAAACACAAGGAUAGUAUAGUAUCAUGUGCAUCAUUCGAGCGCGAAGAUUUUUUAAGUUUACUGAAAAAGGAGGACACUAUUUCGAUUAUAUCAAGGGAAGAACAGGGUCUUCGAAAAGUCAGAACUUUCUCUCUACUCGACGAAUAUGAACAAGCUGGCAAUAGGUUUAAAGCUUACCUAUAUAAUAGAUUUGGAAAUACGGGUUCAGAACAAGGUCAACUACGUAAUGGAACAGGAAUAUAUCAUAUAUACAAUGGCACCGUUAUUGUAACUGACGUUCUCAAUAGCAGUUUGCUGAUCUAUACCGGUAGCGGUCGGUUGGUCAAAAGUAUCCAAGUAAGCAAACGGUCAGAACCGUGGACUGCUGCAGCUACACCAAGUGGGGCUUUUGCAGUUGCGUUAAGUAGAGAAAGAUGUAUUUCCGUUAUGUCUUGCGCUGGGAUAGAAAAAUUAAGAUUUGGGGAAGAUGUACUAGAAUAUCCAAGUGGUGUAAUCGUAGAUAGGAGAAACAGAUAUAUAGUUUCCGAUAUCAGACAAAAUAAAAUCCAUAUUUUUUCCGAUAAAGGUGAACUUAUCAGGACAAUACCAGAAGACGAUGAAAGCAGUUUUUCUUUGAAAUCCCCUCGUCAUGUUACAUUGUCACAUUCUGGUAACAUUGUUGUGUCAGAUUCAGGAAAUCACUGCAUACGACUUUUUGACAGACAUGGAGAUCACAUUAAAUCAUUUGGAAAAUAUGGAAGCAAUGAUGGAGAGCUUAAAUUUCCGCAUGGUAUAUGUACAGACCAUGAAGACAAUAUUAUUGUAGCAGACUAUUACAAUAAUAGAGUAUCAAUGUUCUCUAGUGAUGGGAAGUUUGUGCAACACAUCGUUACGGCACACAUGGGCAUGAAACGACCACAGGCAGUGACAAUCCGAUUUUUUCAAAACAAUUACAUGCUUUUUAUUACAUAUGGUGAUACGAAAGCCAACAAAAUAGUCGCAUAUAGAAUCGUUGAUUCAGAAAACGAACAUAUAACUGGUAUGAAAGCCAGUGUUUAA